AUGACAAAAGAACAACCGGCUAUUCGAGAAUAUAUCGAAUCCACCAAUGCUCUUCAAGGACGACUUUUUCAACAGGAAGGAACUGGGUAGGUAGGUAGCUUGCGGUAGAGGUUAUGGGACCAAAAGUAGCUAGUAAGUUUAUUAACAUGGGUACAACACAUCAGUAUAACAUCCCCCCAAACAAAAAUUCUAAUAGCACCUCCUCUCUCAACCAUGCAAAGAUCUCGAAUGAAACAGCCUUCUCUUCCCUGCUUUAUCCACAUUUAACCAGUCCAGUGCCUUCGCUCUUCCGUCCCGCGAAUGCCUACUUGGUAUAUCCCUCACGUACCUCACAGGAAUCUAACCUCUAUUUACAUCCCGAUCCAGCAUCAUCAACCCAGAGCGGCAGAUACCUGUACUGCAUCAACACGAUCUGGAUUCCAACCAAAGCCAUCAAACCACAAAGUCACAUCUGCACAACUAGCAUUAGCGCCAACACCGAUGACGAAUCUGGAAGGCGCGGGGGAUGCAGGGCAGGUGCAUUCACAGCCGGCAGUCACGAAGAACUCCAACCAAUCACUUGGCACGUUCCUCUCGGAGCCAUCGACGUUAGAGGUACUCCCACGAUAG